GACGGAUUCGCCUCAUUUCUCCACUCAACCCUCCUUUCAUUUCCCGCGUUUAGCACGUCAUUAUAAUUUAUAACUACCUGUUAGUUGCUUAAACCCUUAAAAAACCUCUCGCAAGCAAACCAGAACCUCUUUUAUCACCACCACCAUGCAUGCAUGAAGAAGCUAAGAGCCCUGGCACAAACUCUCUCCUUCUCUCAAUUCGAAACCCUAAUCUCCCAAAAAGGUUAUCCUCAAGCUCUCAAAUCCUCACUCACUUUGUCAUGUCCUCUCCUCACCGACCAAACCUACUCUCUCUUCAUCAAAUCAGGUCACUUUCUUGACCCCUACGUAUCCACAGCUCUCAUUUCUCACUUCUCCAAACUUCACAACAACAACAACAACAAUCUCUCUCGCUCUCUUUCUUUCUUCUUAGACACACAAAACCCCGAUAUCAUCACUUACAAUGCAAUCAUUUCUGGGUUUGCAAGGGCUAAUGAUUCUAGAACUGUUUUGGGACUUUUCAAUGAAUUAAGGCAUGCGGGUUUGGUGCCUGAUGUGUUUACUUUGAGUUCUUUAAUUAAAGGGUGUGUGAGUUUGAGAGAGAAUUGGGUUUCUCAAGGGGUUUGUUUAAAACUUGGGUUUGGGUCUAAAAGCUUUGUGAUUAGUGGGUUGAUUGACAAUUAUUCAAAGAAUGGAGAUUUGGGGUCAGCUGAGAGGUGUUUUAAGGAGUGUUUAGAUUUGGAUAAUGUGGUCUGUACUGUUAUGGUUAAUGGGUAUGUGUGGAAUGAGGAGUUUGAGAAGGGAAAACAGGUUUUUGUUGAAAUGAGAGGGUUAGGUUUCGAGUUAAAUGCAUUUAGCUUAACUGGUGUGGUCGGGGCUUUGUUUGAUGUAAGAGAAGGGGAGCAAAUUCAUGGUUUUGGUGUAAAGAUGGGAUUUUUACGUGGUUCUUCAAUGCAUUUUAGCAAUGCUGUUAUGAGUAUGUACGCUAGGUGUGGAAGAGAGGUUGAUGCUAUUAAGGUGUUUGAUGAAAUUGCUGAACCAGAUGUUGUUUCUUGGACUGAGAGAAUAGGAACUGCUUCUGAUGGUCAUGAAGCUGUGGAAUUGUUUAGAAUUGUACUUUCCUUAGGUUUGGAUGUGAAUGGGUAUACUUUAAUUAAUGUUUUGUCAAUGAUUGGAGGAGUGAAAUUUUUGAAUGCAGGGAAGCAGAUUCAAGCACUUUGUCAUAAGACAGGGUAUUUCCAGGUGGUCUCUGUCGGCAAUGCUUUGGUGUCCAUGUAUGGGAAGUGUGGGCAAAUCUGCGAUGCUUGUAGAGUUUUUUAUAACAUGAUUAUACGAGAUUCUGUUUCUUGGAAUUCUCUGAUCUCUGCAUGUUCUGAGAAUGGAUUUGUUAAUCAGGCUCUAGAGGUGUUCUAUCAGAUGCGUGAGUUGUCACUGCAACCUACUAUACAUACUCUGGCUAGCAUUCUUGAAGCAGUGUCCAAUUCAAACAAUACAAAGCAGGUGAUACAAAUCCAUUCACUUGUUGUUAAAUGUGGAUUCAUGUUUGAUGUUUCUAUGAUUUCUUGCUUGAUAACAGCGUAUGGGAGAUGCAACAGUAUGGAUGAAUCCAAAAGGGUGUUUGCUGAGAUUGAUAAGGUAAACUUGGUUCAUCUGAAUACGAUGAUAACUACUUUUGUCCGUGCUGGUUAUUAUACUGAUGCUUUGGCAUUGUAUCAAACCAUAUGGAGCUUGCACCGUAAAGUGGACAGUAGAACUUUCAGCAUUAUCCUUAAAGCUUGUAGUGCUAUAACAGAUAUGCAACUGGGAAGAGCAGUUCAUUCCCUAGUAUUAAAAACUGGAUUUGAUCAGGAUAGCUUUGUUGAAAGUUCUGUCAUCGACAUUUAUUGCAAGUGCGGAAGCAUUGGACAAGCAGAGAAAGCAUUCAGGAGUUCAUCUAUGAACAGUUUGGCUGCUUGGAAUGCCAUGAUGAUGGGAUACGCCCAUCAUGGUUGUUAUCAAGAAGUUUUUGAUCUCUUUAACAAGAUGUCUCAAUUUGGAAUAGAACCUGAUGAGAUAACUUAUCUUGGUGUUCUUAGUUCAUGCUGCCAUGGAGGGCUCGUGAAACAAGCACGCCACUACUUAGACUCUAUGUUUGAACUUCAUGGAAUAAUCCCACACUUAGAACAUUAUGCCUGCAUGAUUGAUCUGCUUGGUCGAGUUGGGCUCCUGGAAGAUGCAAAGAAAACCAUAGAUCACAUGCCUAUUCAACCUGAUGUUCAUAUAUGGCAAAUUCUUCUAUCUGCCUGCAAUAUCCAUGGACAUGUUGAGCUGGGAAGAGUUGCAGCAAGAAAACUUCUUGAAAUUCAUCCUGAAAACGAAUCUGCUUAUAUUCUUCUAUCAAAUCUUUAUGCUUCUGUUGGUAUGUGGAAUGCUGUUGGAAGAUUAAGAAAAGAAAUGAAAGAAAAAAAUCUCCGCAAGGAACCUGGUUCUAGUUGGAUUCAAGUAGGUAGAAAAAGUCAUACCUUUUUUGUUAAUGAUACUUCACAUCCUCAAAGUAAAGAAAUAUAUGCGGAGUUAAUAAGGCUGUAUAAACAAGUGAUAGUGUCCCUGGAACCGGAACAAGAUGGUGCUUUUCUAUGGAUCAAUGGACCAUGAGGCAUAGAAAAUUCUCUUGAUUUCCAUGAGAGGCAACAAAUACCCCUUGGUUUUUACAUUUCAUAAGUGAACUAUUAAAUACUUUUAUUCAAUCAGGAGUCCUCAAUUAUAGCUUCUACUGAAUAUUUGCACAAUCCAUUCUGUAUUUGAAAUGAGUAUUUAAUGAUUAAAUGCACUCAAACACUGAAAAUCCUCCCUAUCCUUCGUAUCAACUCUUCCAGAAUACAUUCAGUUAGUCGUCAUACUGAUCAAUGAAUGAGUGGUUCCAGUUGCUGUGAGGUGCAUGUUAAAGUUACAGCAUGGGAGAUAUAAUGAUGUUCUCAGUAUUAAUUAGAGGAAGGUGCAUUAUGCUGAUCAUCAAAAAUAAAAAUCGGGACAGGACAUUGAUAUUUGGCUCAGAUCCCUCCAUCCUGGUAUGAUGGUAUCGUGGAGGUUAGUUUACCAUGGUAAUGCUGAUAUUCCUGUUAUUUAAUGUAGAGGAUAAGAUUAACUAGUUAGACACCUUGAAACGUUUUCUUGUAAUUGUUGACUCUUCUGCUUUGUUUUACCUGCGUACUAAUUCGAGUUGAUGUCUCUCCAUUGCGUCCUUGUUGAUGAACAAUUUAUUUCCUUAAAAAUUCAUUGAUUCUGAUCCUUUUCUAGAUAAGCUGAGUUAGCAAAUGUUAUGCAGGUUAUUUCUUUGAAAGAACCUUGCUGGUAGGCUGUCGGGGAAUUUAAAAUAUGUGCUCAAAACCUAUGUCAAGUGUUUGACAGAAUUGCUUUCCAUUACAUUCUAGUGGUCCCUUAACAUUUGAGAUUUAGUGUUCCUGGCAUCAUAUUUCUCCUAAUUUUAGUGUUUAUCCUGCUAUCACAUUGUUAUGUAUAUGCUCUAUGCUAUUAAAAAACUAUUUCAGACACUUUGAUGAAUAUGUUCAAGAAUAUUAUUCUGUUAGAAUGGAAAUGCUAUGCAAAUAAAAGGGUAGAUUAUGUUAAUGAAAAGUUCUUUUAUCAUCAAUUAAUAUCAAUCUAUCUGAAUUCCCUUUGGAAACAAACUCUCUAAGAGCCUAGAGUGCAUGCAUUGGAGAUGGUAGCUGCUGUGGCAUAUCAUGCUGUUGCAUAAAUAGCAGGGUAGAGAUUUGCUUUUUUGGACUGUAACCAAUAAUAAGUUUUGAUCUGUCCAAAUAAAAAAAUUCCUCCUAAUGGCAGGAAAACAGAAAAUAAGAAAGAAGAUAUAAAUUGUCUGUGAUGCUACAAUAUUUAAUAUCAAUCAGAAUAUCCCAACAUUUUCAAUAUUUUCUCAAAUAUGAAUUUACCGUUGAAAUGUAAGCUUGGUGAAGUGUCUAGCAAAACAGGUAUCGUGGAUUACAUGAUCAUUUGUUGUUGUAGUGCAGAAAGUUUUCCAUGCAUAUUCUAUAGCAAGUUCUAAGAAGUCAGGAAUUACUUCAAUAUUUCUAUGGGUGGGGUGGGUGGGAUGUGGGGGUCUAUAGGUGGGAUAUCUGGUCUAGGGAGGAAAUGUGGAUAGGCCUGUCAAGUCAAUGGGAAGUUACGAGGCAUGCCAGCAACUCAUUUGGUUGUACAAGAUUCUGUUCAGAUCAACUCGAGAUAGAUUGAAUUCAUAGGUCGACCUAGAACUUGAACAAUAAUGGAUCAUGUUUGAGCAUGUAAUGGUUGUCAGCGUAUCUGAUUGUGAACACUUGCGGUUGAGGACUAUUGGAUAUUUCUUGUUGGACUACGUUAUAGUAUUUGGCUGUACUUGAAAAUGGAUUAGGACGGGUCAAUACAACAAAAUUCUUGUGUUACAAUUAAUUUGUGAAUCCCCAAAACUUUUGGUUUCACUAUGCUUUACCAGCCCAUUUCCAUGCUAUUUCAUGUUUUCUCAUGGUAUCAUUCUGGAUUGGAGUUUGAUGCUGGCAAACCAUAAGUCUUAAAACUUCAUGCUCUAAUUUGCCUAGUUUGGAGGCUGUCUGUUAUAUAAUUUUUCCCACUGUGAAAUCGAAGGCAUUCGAACUUGGAAGUAAACAAAAGUAUAAUUUUUUUCAAUAAAUGCAUCCUUCACAAAUGAAAAUUUUGUAUGAGCUUUGAGGCUAUUGAGCCACCUUCAUUCUUAGAUUUAGAUGUUGGCAAUGCCUUUGUAUAUUUAGAAGUUCCUGGUUAUUAUUUCUAAGCAUUAUUGGUACUGGUAGGUAGUGCCUUUUCUGGAAACAUGACUAUCUUACACAACAGGCUGAGCAGAUUAAGCAGGAAAGAAAAUCCACGCAACUAAUAAUUCUAGGUAAAUUCAAGAUAUUUCAUGCUGUGAAGAUGAUGAUUUAAGACUUGCUUUCUGUUUGACAUCAUGUGAUAUAGUUACAAGUUUAGAUAUUAUCAAGUUGGUGCUUUCAAUUGGCUAUGCUCGUUAAUGGGUGCUUAUUGCUAAUGAUAACUAUGGCAACGAAAUUUGUUAGGAAGGAGCAUGUCAAGUGGUUUCGAUGUUAGUUCCGUUGCUUUUUGUGCCAAUCAUGUGGGAUGCCUAUUUUCAUUCGCAUGCAAUUUUUUUUUGGUGAAUAUUAUUAGCCUUUUGUUUUGGAAACCAAAUGAUAUCUCACUAAAAAUGAAUAAUUCAACUGGAAUUUGGAUUAAAGAGAACAAAAAAAGAUGAAGAGGCUUGAUUUGAUAAUUGUGGCGAUCAUACAAUGUCUAAUAUUACUUGUAGCAUCCAGCUUUUUAUGCCUUCCUCGGGUAGCUUUUUCUCUGGGAAUGAUGUUGAUGUGAAGAGGCUUUGGAUAGCACGGAAACAAUAGAGUGGAAAGCAUUUGCUGCUAUCCUUGACUUUAUCUGCCCUCUCUUUGGAAGUGGCCUGGUGCCCCUGGAAAUCCUGUCAAGUGCAGCAGCAGUAACAUCACGGACCUUGUUCAUUGUGUAUAUCAAGGACUUAGAAGAAGUUUAUAUAGUGCAACAACAACUCAUUGCAAUACCAGGUCCUGGAGAUUAUUGAUUAGGAGAGUGAAACAAUGGCUGUUGAUAAUGGUGAAGGGUUGGGAGGCAUGCCAGCCAAUUUGUCAGGCUGUACAAGAUUCCUUGUAGCUCAACUUGGGAGAUAUUGAUUUUCGCAGUAUGGUUUGGUGACUGAUUGUCUGAACAAAUGAUCCAUUGUUUAAUAUACAUGGUGAUAGCUCAGAGCAUAUCUGCCCAGGAACACGUGCGGCUUCCAGAGCUAUCUAGGAGCUUUUUGCUGGAUCUCGGGCAGGCUUCUAGACUUUUUGGUCAAUAAAACUUAUAGGGGGAUGGGUACAACAUACACGUUUUACAAGGAGGCAAGACUUGUUGGGUUGUUUUCAUUGUUUUUUGUCGGACAUAUAUUAGUUUAACUAGAAGCAAUUUGAACAAGCCUUGGGAAGCAAAACCUGUAUUGCUUUAAUGUUUCUGCCCAUGUUUUCAGGGAAACAACCUUUGAAAUUUAAAAAACUUAUAUUACUGA